AUGGCUCCCGCUCAACGUCGUGGACCCUGGGUUCCAGAAGAGGACCAGCUGCUCCUCCAACUCGUCCGGGAGCAAGGCCCCAACAACUGGGUGCGCAUCUCCCAGCACAUGCACUACCGCUCGCCCAAGCAAUGCCGCGAGCGUUUCCACCAAAACCUCAAGCCCUCGCUGAACCGCGAGCCCAUCUCCGCCGACGAGGGGCUGAUGAUCGAGCGCAUGGUGACCGACAUGGGGAAGCGCUGGGCCGAGAUUGCCCGCCGCCUGGGGAACCGCAGUGACAACGCCGUCAAGAACUGGUGGAAUGGCAGCAUGAACCGCAAGCGCCGCGGCCUGUCGACCCCGACAGCCUCGCGCACCUACAAUGGCCGCAUCGAGGCUCCCUACCAACGGGCCUCACUGCUGAGUCCGACCCGUCCUCGCUACUCCGUGCCAACCACCCACCCCUGGGCCGAUGUCGACUCAACCACGCCUGACCACUACCCAGCACCAUCGCGCCGCGAGUCGCACUCGACCGCCCCCCGCCAACUCUCCCCGAUAUACACUCUCCCCUCGAUCAACCGCCCGAUCGAAACCCCUCUGACCUCGCCCGCCUUCUCCGAGGUGUCCAAUGCUGCCUCGAUUGAGGCCCCGUCCAUGGUGUCGGAUCACAACUCGGUGUCCUCGUCUUCGCCCCGCACGCUGGCCUCGCCGCAGCUGCCACUCCCCGUGGACAUGCGGCCACACUAUGAAAUCCGUCGGCCCAGCGUCGUCGACGACUCGCCCAACUACCCCGCAAAAUCCCUCGAGUCGCUCUCUGAGUAUGCCUCGAAACGAUGGUUGGAGCACCAGCCGACGCUGGCUUCGUGGCACCAGCCGGUCCCUUCGUUACCCAAGCCGUGGCAGUCUGCCCGGCCUGAGCCUGUUCGAGACACCCGAAUGGGAGUCAACAAUCUGCUCAACUAA